CAAAGUGCAAGAAAUGGUUAAAAUUCUAACCACCGCUAGGAAUCGAGUUUUUUUAUGCUGAUAAGAACACAUGAACAAAAGGAAUAAAAAUCGAACAUAGUUGUUUAUACUUGCUGUAGCUUGUUUGCGCGAUUAUCUUGAUCGCCAUUAGCGGUUUGACCAGUGUGUGUGUGUGUUGUAAAUAAGAUGGGUCAAAAGUCACAAUACACUAAUUUUAUUGCAAUAGUUGUAGAGGUUGUAAAUCGAAUCAUAUAAAAUAAGCUGAUCGACCGCUCGAAAACUGUCAGUUUGAAUUUCGGAUUCGUUUGUUUCAUUUGAAAUUAAAAAGCAAAAAUUCAUAUCCCGAAAAAUGUUCAGAUUUAUUGUGACCAUUUUAUUACCGUUGGUUGGCUGCUGUCAUGCUGCAUCGUUACAUCGAUUUCAUGGUGGUGAUUGUCCACGAAUCGAACCUAUGGCCAAUUUCAAUAUUGAUCGAUUUCUUGGCGAAUGGUUUGUGUUAGAAAGUGCCAAUGAUAAUGGACAAGUAUGUCUUCGUGAAGAAUUCAAUGCUAGCCAAGAAACAGUAGUAUUGAUGCCCAAACAUGAUGGUGAUUUGAUUGAUUUGGCUCGUAAUGAACUUGAACCAACUGGUCCACCAAAAUAUGAAACUGAGGACGCCAUGAAAAUCAUGCAAAAAGUUUAUCAUGUCAAGCGAAGCUAUCUACCUUUUGGUGGACGUCAAAUUAUCUGUGAAACAGGAAAAAUAUCAUUCCUAUCGAAUACAAGUCAAUCGGAAAUGGAAAUCAGCUUGCCUUAUGCUGAAACUGGAAUGCUCAAUAUUAAACACUAUGAAGUAAUAGCCACUGAUUAUGAUCGAUUCGCUUUGGUUUGGCGUUGUCAGAAGACUAUAUUCGGUCAUCGUCGUUCAGCACAGCUAAUGUCACGUCGAUCUGAAUUAGAUGAAAAAUCUCAACAAGAAUUGCGAUCAUUGAUGCAACAUUUUGAAUCACAACAUGAUAUUAAAUUUACACCUGUUCGUCAGACUAAUUGCAAUGAAGUUCCGGCUUUAGAAGUUCAAGAAUCGACAAGUUCAACACCAAUGACAAGACGACCAACAUCGGUCGUCGACCCUACUCCUGUCCAAACUCAGGAUAUAAAAAGCGAAUCACCGAAACCGAAAAACAAAAAAAAGUUGAUCAACAUUGAAAUCGGAAGCUUUCAACUCAGUAUUUCUUAUCCAUUUUUUUGAAUUUUCAUUCUUGUAUUAACAUUUAUAAUUGUAUUUCAAUCGAAAUAGUAAACGUACUCAUAUUUGCCAUCAUGUUCAAAAUUUCUAUAGCAAAAAAAAAAAUGAUCCUUC